UACCUAAAGUAUACCAAAUGCAUCGCUAUCAUAUGUAUUGAUCGUUUGGCUGACUCCCCACUUACUUCUACGCUGAGGAGUGUUGGAGUUGCCGAUGGAUUCGCCUUUCUAACAACCGCGGUCAGUUCAGUUGCGUUUCAUCAGGGAAACACUGUGAAACGCAUACAAGAGCUUUCAGAGUAAAUUAAGAGGAGAUACAAGGGGUGCAAAGGAAUUCUUAAAAAAAUAAGGGUAGAAAAGAUGGCUGAUAGGAUAUACUAUCCAAAUGCUGAGCUUGCAAAUAAUGCUUACUGUAAUAGUAUGCAACAAUACAAGGAUAUGCAUGAAAAGUCAAUAAAAAAUCCAGAACUUUUCUGGAGUGAAAUAGCAAAACAAUUCUACUGGGAAUCACAAACAUCUAAUGAUAAGUUUUUCUCAUACAAUUUUGAUCUCAACCAAGGUGACGUAUUUAUCAAAUGGAUGGAAGGAGCAUCAACGAAUCUCAGUUUUAAUCUUCUGGACAAAAAUGUUAAAUGUGGCAAUGGUGAUAAAAUUGCAUUUUAUUGGGAAGGUAACGAUCCAGAAGAUUAUUCUCGAUUAACUUACCGAAAACUACUUGAAGAAACAUGUCGUUUUGCCAAUGUCCUUAAGUCCAAAGGUGUUCAGAAAGGUGAUCGAGUAGCUAUUUAUAUGCCAAUGAUUUUGGAGCUUCCAAUUGCAAUGCUCGCUUGUACAAGGAUUGGUGCCGUCCAUAGUGUUGUUUUUGCAGGAUAUUCAUCAGACGCAUUAGCAGAAAGAAUGAUGGAUUCAAAGGCCAAGGUUUUAAUAACAACAGAUGGAGUUUGGCGAGGUUCCAAACUUUUAAUACUGAAAGCAAUUUGUGAUGAUGCAAUGAAGAAAGUGAAGGAAAAGAGUCAUGAGGUUGAAUCCUGCAUCGUAGUGUCUCAUCUACGACGAGUGACAAGCCCUCAGGGAAGCACAUUAGAUGGGGAAAAAGGAAAACACGGGAUAAACGGGUCCAGUAAUGGAAAUAAUGAACCAAAUAUUCCAUGGGACGAAGACCGAGAUUGUUGGUGGCAUGAAGAAAUGGAAGAUGCCGAAGCCAGUUGUUAUCCAGCUUGGAUGGCAGCUGAAGAUCCUUUAUUUAUUCUUUACACUAGUGGCUCGACUGGUAAACCAAAAGGUGUUCUCCAUACUACAGCUGGCUACUUGAUCUAUGCUGCCACAACAUUUAAAUAUGUUUUUGAUUAUAAACCCAAUGAUAUUUACUGGUGCACUGCAGAUAUUGGCUGGAUUACUGGACAUACAUACGUUGUUUAUGGACCCUUAGCAAAUGGAGCAACUUCAGUCUUGUUUGAAGGAACUCCAUUUUAUCCUGAAAAUGAUAGAUUUUGGAAGGUAAUUGAUAAAUUCAAAGUGACUCAGUUCUACACCGCACCUACAGCCAUUAGGAGUCUAAUGAAAUUUGGCGAUGAUUUAGUAAAAAAAUAUGACCUCAGCAGUUUGAAGGUUCUUGGCUCAGUGGGUGAACCAAUCAAUUCUGAAGCUUGGCUAUGGUUCUAUAACUUAAUUGGACAUGGCAAAUGUAGCAUUGUUGAUACAUUUUGGCAAACAGAAACUGGAGGUCAUGUUAUAACUCCACUGCCGGGAGCAACACCAAUGAAACCCGGAUCAGCAAGCUUUCCAUUUUUCGGAGUACGUCCAGAAUUAUUAGAUGAAGACGGAAAAUUAAUUGAAGGCGAAGGAGAAGGAUAUUUAGUCUUCCGGCAGCCUUGGCCUGGAAUGAUGCGAUCACUUUAUAAUAAUCAUGAGCGCUUCCAAACUACUUAUUUUGAUAAAUUCCGUGGAUUUUAUUGCACUGGAGAUGGAGCAAGACGAGACUCUGAUGGAUACCUUUGGAUAACUGGCAGAAUCGAUGAUAUGUUAAAUGUCUCUGGUCAUCUAAUGUCAACUGCUGAAGUAGAAAGUGUUUUAGCUGAACAUCCUUCUGUUGCUGAAGCUGCAGUUGUUAGUAAACCACAUCCAGUAAAAGGACAGUGUCUCUAUUGCUUUAUUACGCCCAAUGAGGGGAAAACCUUCGAUAAAACUUUACAAGAUGAACUUAAAAAGAAAGUGAGAGAAAAGAUUGGACCUUUUGCACAACCUGAUAUUAUUCAACACGCACCAGGACUACCAAAAACACGCUCAGGAAAAAUUAUGCGACGAAUUUUAAGAAAAAUUGCAAUUGGUGAUAAAAAUGUAGGAGAUACAUCAACUCUAGCUGAUGAAAGUAUCGUCGAUUUACUUUUCCAACUGAGGCCACAAAACUAGAUUAAUAAAUAAUUUAGCAACUUAGAUAAAGAAUUAAAGUCUAAAGCACCACCAAGUUUAGAAUGAUCAAAAGCAUAAUGGGCUGAACAUGAGAAAAAUAAAUGCCUAUGUUUUGUUAUGUACAACUUAAUUUCUUCCUGGUAAAUAUUUUUAGACUGUUGAGAAAUCUAUUGCAUAAAAAAAUAAUUUAAAUAACUUGCUCAGAGGCUGAUUUGUUAAUUAUAUAUUUUUUUGAUUUUAUUUUUUAUACAUUUGAAUUACAAAGUAAUAAUGAAUAAGAAAGUAAAAGAUGAAAGUAUUGUCGUGAAAUGAAUAAUAUAGUAAUCAUUUAAAAAUCUAAAUAAAAAAUAAAAAAAAACGUUGGGAAUAAUGUUUUAUUUAGGGUAUAAACAAUUUAUGGAAAAUUAUAGAGAAACAUAAAAAAUUGGGGAGAAUUGUUAAAAAUAUUAGUUGAAUGUAGAUGCACUAAUGCACGUUAUUUUUAAAAAUUUUAAACGAAAUAACAAAAAAACUAUAUAACAUGAAUGCUUAUAUGUGUUUAUAAAUUGAAUAAAUAUAUUAAAUAAACAAAUCUACGUUGUUCAUGAAAAUUCUUAUUGACGUGAACAACGUGUCUGAUACAUAUCAUUUUGUGGAACAAAAGAAUAUCUAGAUAUAACUAAUAUAAGAAAUAUUAUAUAAUUAAGAAAAAGAUGAAGGAAAAUAUUAAAAUUAAUUAUAUUAUUGAAGAAUAAAUCUUAAUGAUUAAUUAAUGAAUGUUGACAUCUAUAUGUAUAUAAAACAUGUUGAAUUUUGAGUUAUCAUCAAUAUAUUUCGUUGAAUCAUCAGAAUAAUGUGUUAUUUAUUGUAUUAUUGGCA